AUGGAGAAGAUCAUGGUAUGCACACUUGGCCUGUGCGAGAAAGCAACGACACAAGGUGAGACCAAGCGAUGUGUUAGUUCUGUUGAGGACAUGAUAGACUUUGCCACCUUGAUAUUUGGCCACAACAUCAAGCUUCAUGCCACGAAGAGCGACGAAGGGUCGAAGCGUGAUAUCUUGAUUGGACGAGUAAAAAGGAUAGGUGGGAGUAAAUUGAGUGCGCCUGUGGCAUGUCACGAUAGUCUAUUUCCUUGCAUGGUUUAUAACUGUCAUGCGGUUCCAACACCCCACGUUCACGAGGUGGGUAUACUGGAUCCCGUGUGCAAGUCCAAGAUCAACAACGGCACCGCAGUCUGUCAUAUGGACACGUCGGCUGGGAAUCCAAAUCACGAGGCAUUUCUUGCGCUCGGGUCGGGCCCUGGUUGA